AUGGCAGAGGGAGCUCCUCCACUGUGCGAUAUGCAUCCCAUGAGAGCCUUGUUCUUAAUCCCUCGGAAUCCAGCUCCUAGAUUGAAAUCGAAGAAAUGGUCCAAAAAGUUUCAGUCAUUCAUCGAAAGCUGCCUAGUGAAGAACCACAGCCAAAGACCCACAACAGAGCAGCUUAUGAAGCAUCCAUUCAUCAGAGACCAGCCAAAUGAAAGACAGGUUCGAAUUCAGCUGAAGGACCACAUUGAUCGAACUAAGAAAAAACGUGGAGAGAAAGAUGAAACCGAGUAUGAAUAUAGUGGAAGUGAAGAAGAAGAGGAAGAUAAUGAUUCAGGGGAGCCAAGCUCGAUUUUAAAUCUACCCGGAGAGUCAACGUUAAGACGGGAUUUCUUGAGGCUGCAGUUGGCUAACAAGGAGCGUUCAGAGGCCCUUAGACGUCAGCAACUGGAACAACAGCAACGUGAAAAUGAGGAGCACAAAAGACAACUUCUGGCUGAGAGGCAGAAACGUAUUGAAGAGCAGAAAGAACAAAGACGACGUUUAGAAGAGCAACAAAGAAGAGAAAAGGAGAUGAGGAAACAGCAGGAAAGGGACCAGCGGCGGCGGUAUGAGGAGCAGAUGAGAAGAGAGGAAGAACGGAGAAGAGCAGAGCAUGAGAAGGAAUACAUCAGGCGACAGCUAGAGGAAGAGCAGAGACAGUUAGAGAUCUUGCAGCAGCAAUUACUGCAGGAACAAGCUCUGCUUCUGGAAUACAAACGCAAACAGCUAGAAGAACAAAGACAAGCGGAAAGAUUGCAAAGGCAACUGCAGCAGGAGAGAGACUAUCUGGUCUCUCUGCAGCAGCAGCAACAACAGCAGCAGCAACAGAGGCAGCAAGAGCAGAGACCACCAGACAAGAAACCACUGUAUCACUAUAAGGAGGGGCUGAAUCCCACUGAGAAACCAGCUUGGGCAAAAGAGGUUCAACAGCGCUCUCUUAGUAAUUCGCCUGUUCUUCCAGCUAAGCAGCAGCACACUUCUGUUAUCGAGCAGCAGGUGCCCUUGGUAACCAAAGAUGCAUCUACUAGUUGGCAGCCCUCAACUAGGCCAAAUUCUCAGAAUCUCCAAGCAUCAGAUCGUGUGAAAAUGGACAACCUAGCUCUACCCAUGCUUUUGCCUUCAAUUCAGAUUUCCAAAUCAGGGCUUUGGUCACAAGGAACACAGAGUGAAGUGCAAUCUCUAGAUGAUGAAGUGAGAUUCUUACUCCAAGUGACCUCACAAGAAAAUGAACCAGGGAGAAAAUCAGUAACAUCCCUUAAAGGGUCUCGCUCACAAGGAUGUAGUCCAGCCAGAGAUACAGGAUUGACAAAGGUAGAGGAACGCUCUCGGCUCAACCGUCAGAGCUCUCCUGCAAUGCCACAUAAAGUUGCUAACAGGAUAUCUGACCCUAACCUGCCUCCACGAUCAGAAUCUUUUAGCAUCAGUGGGGUACAACCAGCAAGAACACCACCAAUGCACAGGCCAAUAGACCCACAGCAACUUCCACUCUUGGUGUCUGUGAAAACUCCUGGACCUUCCUUAUCUGCAUCCCAGUCAUUACAUGAACAGUCUGCAAAAGGAAUGUCUGCAUUCCAGGAAGGGAUCAUAUCUCAUCGACCUGAGAUGCCAAGGCAAAACUCUGAUCCAACCUCUGAGAAUCCUCCCCUCCCUCCUCGCAUUGAAAAGUUUGACCGAAGUUCUUGGUUACGCCAGGAGGAAGAUCUUCCACCAAAGGUGCCUCAAAGGACCACUUCCAUUUCCCCUGCACUGGCACGUAAAAAUUGCCCUGCCAAUGGCAGCAGUCUGGGAAAUCGACUAAGCACACAGCCCAUAAGAGCAAGUAACCCUGAUCUGCGGAGAACAGAGACAGUCAUAGAAAAUCCAAUCCAAAGGACUAGCAGUGGCAGCUCCUCCAGUUCCAGCACCCCCAGCUCUCAGCCUAGCUCACAAGGCGGAUCACAGCCUGGGUCUCAAGCAGGCUCCAGUGAACGAAACAGAGUUCAAGCAGGUAAUAAUAAACCUGAAGGAUCUCCGGUGCUACCACACGAUGGGCCUAAUGUGAAAACUGAAGAUAAUAUGACGCGGCCAAGUAGACCAGCUAGCUAUAAGAAAGCAAUAGAUGAGGCUGUUAUCACACAGGCAAUGCCCGCGGAUGAUGGAAAGAUCAUGCCGCGGAGGGUGAAAACUAAAAAUAAGACGGUAAGAAAAUCGACCUGACUGCCUUGGCGAAAGAGUUGAGAGAAUUGCGUAUCGAAGAGACAAACCGGCCGAUAAAGAAAGUGACUGACUACUCCUCAUCUAGUGAGGAAUCUGAGAGCAGUGAGGAAGAAGAUGGUGAGAGUGAGAACCAGGAUGGAACUGUGCCAGUUAGCGACAUCCCCAGACUCAUACCAACAGGUGGAUCGGGAAACAAUGAGCCAUAUAAUACAGGGACACAGGGUCUUGAAACUUCCCAAUCUGAGACAUUUAGAAGCAUCUCAAGAGAAGGAACUUUAAUGGUCCGGGAGACAUCUGGAGAUAAAAAACGCUCAGGCCAUGCAGAAAGUAAUGGUUUUGCCGGCCAUAUAAACCUUCCUGACUUAGUCCAGCAGAGCCACUCCCCGGUGGGUACUCCAACCGAGCCUAUAGGGAGAGGUUCAACGCAUGCACAGGAAGUGGAGACUGGGACUGAAUAUGGUGUAGGAAGUACCACAAAAGCAUCUUUUACACCAUUUGUUGAUACAAGAGUUUUCCAGACAUCGCCCACUGAUAACGAUGAUGAGGAGGAUGAAGACGAUGAUGAUGAAGAGUCAUCUGCAACAGCCCUGUUUACUAGCGAACUGCUUAGACAAGAACAAGCCAAGCUGAAUGAGGCCAGAAAAAUAUCAGUGGUAAACGUGAACCCUACCAAUAUUCGUCCUCACAGCGAUACUCCAGAGAUCCGGAAAUACAAGAAACGCUUUAAUUCUGAGAUACUUUGUGCAGCAUUAUGGGGUGUAAACUUACUAGUGGGCACAGAGAAUGGGCUAAUGUUGUUGGAUCGCAGUGGGCAAGGAAAGGUCUACAACCUUAUCAACAGGAGGAGGUUUCAACAGAUGGAUGUUCUAGAGGGACUGAAUGUCCUGGUAACCAUAUCAGGGAAAAAGAACAAGCUAAGAGUGUAUUACCUUUCCUGGCUGAGGAAUCGGAUAUUGCACAAUGAUCCAGAGGUAGAGAAAAAGCAGGGCUGGAUAACAGUAGGGGAUUUAGAAGGCUGUGUGCAUUAUAAAGUUGUAAAAUAUGAAAGAAUCAAGUUCUUGGUUAUUGCAUUAAAGAGUUCUGUAGAGAUUUAUGCCUGGGCUCCAAAGCCAUACCAUAAGUUUAUGGCUUUCAAGUCCUUUACAGAUCUCCAGCAUAGACCAUUGCUCUGUGAUCUCACUGUAGAAGAAGGUCAAAGGUUAAAAGUAAUAUUUGGCUCAAGCACUGGUUUCCAUGUAAUUGAUGUUGAUUCUGGAAAUACAUAUGACAUCUACAUUCCAUCUCAUAUUCAAGGGAACAUUACCCCACAUGCCAUUGUCAUCUUGCCCAAAACAGACGGCAUGGAAAUGCUUGUGUGCUAUGAGGAUGAAGGGGUGUAUGUUAACACAUAUGGCCGAAUUACUAAAGAUGUGGUGCUUCAGUGGGGUGAAAUGCCCACUUCAGUAGCAUAUAUCCAUUCCAAUCAGAUAAUGGGCUGGGGAGAGAAAGCUAUUGAAAUCCGUUCAGUGGAGACUGGGCACCUGGAUGGAGUAUUCAUGCACAAGAGAGCCCAGAGGUUAAAAUUUUUGUGUGAGAGGAACGAUAAGGUGUUCUUUGCAUCUGUCCGGUCAGGAGGCAGCAGCCAAGUCUUUUUUAUGACAUUGAACAGAAAACUCCAUGAUGAACUGGUAA